GAUCGCACUUUUCCGGUUUGUCUCGGCUCUCGAGGUCCCUCCCUCGCUGUCAGCAGUUCUCCGCGCUCCAAACUCGCGUAUUGAUCUUCGUCUUCUUCUCGUCGUCAUCGAAACGUUGCUUUUUUCCCCUCUAAACGUGUUUUAGCACCGCGCUGAGGUGCUUUGUUUUCCUCGUCGGAGGAAGUUAUUGUUUUCUUCCGUCUUCGGUUGAGAAGCAGCGGCAGGAAAUGUCCAGCUGAGGGGUGGAAAUCCACAAACACAGGGCCUGCUAUUGUAAUGAUUGAUCAAUGCUGCGACCAUGGCAGUAAAAGCUCAAGUUUUAUAUGACUUCACUGCAGAGCCGGGAACCAAUGAGCUGUCGGUAAAGGAAGGACAGACCAUCACAAUCACCAGUCAGAGCAUCGGAGGAGGGUGGAUCGAGGCUCAGAACUCCAGAGGGGAGACAGGUCUGGUUCCGGAAGACUACAUCGAAGUACAGGGCAGCCAGGCAUAUCCACCGUUGCCUGCAGCAAACGCUGCUCCAACCCCGGCUGCUGCAAAUGUUGGCUCAGCAGAUCUAGCCUUCUUUGAUGCUUACGCCCCGGCGUCAACGCCUGCGCAAACCCAGGUGGAUCUUGUGGGCUUGAGUCCUCAGCCGGACACCCCCGAUACCCCCGUUUCCCCAUUCUUUUCAUCCCCCAAUGAGGCUAGCAAUGGCAACGAUCCCUGGUCAUCGUGGAACACAGAUCCUUCAGGCGGCUCUUCCAACAACUGGGCUUCAAACCCGGAGGGAACCCAGACUGCAAGGAACGCUGCUGGGGAACCUUGGGCUUCUCAGGGUCACCCUCAGGCGUACCAGGGCCCAGGAGCGGAUGACGACGAGUGGGACGACGAGUGGGACGACAUGAAGUCCACCACAGGUUAUGCCGAGUCUGAACCUGGCGAUGGCGGAGGCCUGCAGAGAAGUGGAACCCAUGGGACCUCCAUGAAAAUCUCACUGAACAAGUUCCCCGGAUUCUCCAAGUCUGGUCCGGAGCUCUACCUCCUCUCCAAGCCGGUGCCCAAAGGCAAAGACAAGCUACCAAUCUAUAUGGGUGAAGUCGGGCCGGUGUGGCAUUACCCAGAAGCCGCUUUAGACUGUGUGGUGGCUGACCCCAAGAAGGGCUCCAAGAUGUACGGUCUCAAGAGCUACAUUGAGUAUCAAGUGACUCCCAGCACAACCAACCGCCCUGUCAAUCACAGAUACAAGCACUUUGAUUGGCUGUACGAGCGGCUGCUGGACAAGUUUGGGUCAGCCAUUCCCAUUCCAUGUUUACCAGACAAGCAAGUCACCGGCCGUUUUGAAGAAGAGUUUAUAAAGAUGCGCAUGGAGCGGUUGCAGGGCUGGAUGAGCAGGAUGUGCCGACAUCCGGUCAUUUCCUGUAGUGAAGUGUUUCAGCUGUUCCUGACCUACAAGGACGAGAAGGACUGGAAGAUGGGGAAAAGAAAAGCCGAGAAGGACGAGACAGUCGGAGUGAUGAUCUUCACCACAAUAGAGCCUGAAGCGAAGGAGCUGGACCUCUCCGAAGUUGAGCUGAAGUGCGAGCAGUUCAGCAGGUUCACCAAAUCCAUGGACGACCAGGUGAAGGAGAUCCUGACUGUGGGUCACGAGCACUGGAAGAGAUGCACGGGCCCUCUGCCGAAGGAGUACCAGAGGAUCGGAAAGGCCUUCCAGAACCUCUCAGCUGUCUUCAACAGCAGCGGAUAUGAAGGAGAAUCCACCUUGACAGACGCCAUGACAGCGGCAGGGAAGACAUAUGAAGAGAUUGCUGAGAUGGUCGCUGAACAGCCGAAAAAAGACCUGCACUUCCUGAUGGAGACCAACAAUGAAUAUAAAGGUCUGCUGGGCUGCUUCCCCGAAACCAUCGGAGUCCACAAGGCGGCCAUUGACAAGGUGAAGGAGGCCGACAAGUUGGUGGGCGCCAGUAAAAUCACGUCUCAGGACAAAGUCACGAUGGCCAAGCGGGCCAGCACCAUGUCUUAUGCAUUACAAGCCGAGAUGAACCACUUCCACAGCAACCGUAUCUACGACUACAACCGGGUCAUGCAGCAGUACCUGGAGGAGCAAGUCAAGUUUUACGAGACGAUCGCCGCCAAGCUGCGACAUGCACACAGCCAGUUCACCACCAUGUGAAGGAUCUCAAGACACGAAGCAAAGCAUCCCAAAUAUACUUCUUCUUCUCCUCCUGUUAAUUUAAUUUUCUUUAAUUCUGACCUCAUCUGCCUUGUUUGUCAGCAGCUGUGCAGCAUGUUGUAAGCAGAUGAAGCCACCAUGUUUCCACACACUCCUCCUGUGUUGGAAGCAGAGCAGUGUGUUCAGUACAUGUUUGUGCAACCCCAACAAAAUCUGUCCACAUAAAGUAGCCUCACUUUGAAAGUUGCACAAUUAUUUUUGCGGAAUUUUGAGUCGCUGUCUUGAACGUGAUUGCGAAUCAUUGACAUUCAGGGAGGUGUUGUCACAGUGUGUCCUUAGUUUCGGGCCUGUCCUGAUCCCAAACAGGAAGCUCCACCUCCUUCCUCUCUCACCAAUGUGCCUUUGUCCCAAGAGGAAUCUGACAAUUUGCCGACCAUUAUUUCCGUUUACAUUUCACUAGAAAAAGUUAUUUUAAAUCUCUGAGCAGUUUUUAUAUGAAUGUGCCUUCUAUAAUGGAAACUAUUUUUUUUCCCACAUCGCAGCUUUCAAUCACUCUCUAAUCUCACCUUGUUUUAUUGUUCAAAUGAUAAAUAUAUAUAUGCACAGUAACUAUGUGUUGAGCUGUCACGUGCCUCCUGUCUGUGAGCUACUUGUAUGUAUAGACGUGUUUUGGGAUGAAGUCAUGAAGAAGAGCAACGUUUCUGUUUGAUUUAUUAAAAAAAGGUUUGU